AUGGCCACACUCAGCCAGGCCAGACAGCAGCUGCAACGCGUCGCCGCAAAAUGGCCAGCUGACCCCUUUCGCCCGAAUCUGCAGCUCAGGAAUCUCCUGGAGUCUCUGGCGAACCAUCCAAAUCUCACCGCGCAGGCUGUUACGGCCGCCCGUGCGCUCCAAGAUGACCACUUCCUCCGCAAGUAUCCGUUGUCAGAUAGAAUCCUGAAGCCGGCUUCUACGCCGCAGUAUUACACACGGUUGGUCGAAGGCUACGAGAAAAGCGCGAAAGGUAUCGGCAGGCCUUGGUGGAAGAGAUUCUUCGGGAUAUGGUAG